UAAUAUACUGAAAUGUUUCCUAUUUCAACGUUAGUAAACCAUAGCAUCAUCAUAUUCCUUGGAAUAAAUCAUAGCCAACGUAGGCUAUAGGUCUGACAGGCGAUAUAUCAAUAUUAAUUAGGUCGAUGUCUAAGUAGGAAAUGGCCUAAUAGCCUAUUAAUAUGGUUGGGCGGCGCUGAAAGUAGCCUGAAUGAUUACGCAGGGAUACAACGCAUCCUUCCGACUAAAAGCUAAGUAGACUAUGGUCUUGAAACUGCACAAUAGGCUAUUUUCUUUGGUAUUUGUUUCUACAGCUAGUACACUAUGUAGACUAAUCACUGAGGCGAGACACAACCAAAAAGUUACAUCGGUCAGUAAUGGCUGCACAUCCUUUGAUGUUUUGACGGCUUUAUGCGUAGCAUAGGUAGCUACUUGGCAAGGAAACUGCGCAGUCGGAUAGCCUUAAUUGCUGCUUCCAUGCACAAUACCAUUUGGAUUUCAAAAUAUGCAUAGCCUAUCAUCAUUUGAAAUUGUAAAAAUUCCCGCCAAUUGACUGACUUUUGGUGGGUUCAUAGCUUUUCCCAGUCGCAGUGUUACAUCAGCGGUUCAUCAUACUGUCUGAGCGGCACCACAUCAAACGGAGCUGUGCAGACACACUCACAUGCUAAUGUAGAGGGGUAUCUGUUCGUCGAUAUUACUGUUCAGCUUUUCCAAAUCUGCCAUAAAGUAUAGUUUUUGGAAAUCGAUGACGUUAAUUGUUGCUAAGUAUCCCACAAUCACGCAGUGUUUGCAUAAAUUUCCCCGCAUACGUUUACAUAUAGCAAAGUUGAAUUCGUCCGCUCCUCCCAAACUUUGCAAACGAUUGCAGCUUUCCUGGUCACACACAGAGAUAGCUGUGAUUGCUGCGAAGAGGAAGACGAGUGCAGUUACCUUUCCAACCACUUAAAUAAAAGAAUAUAGCUCGUUUUGGAUUUGAGAGUCAUGUAAGGAAUCCUGUAAUGUCAACAGAACAGGAUAAAGACACCUCUCUAAAAAGAAACAGAGGUAACGUAGCUUUUCUGUAUUUUCAGUCGCUUGUGCCAGGUACGGAGUGUCUGUGGGGGCAUGAUACGCUGCACACAAAUCUCAACCGUAAUUACGCCUGUGAAGGAGCUUGUCGGCCUACCUCAAGGCCUUUGAAGAAUUGAAUGAAACUCAGAAGAGGCCGAGCUAUAAAACUGCUGUUGGUGAAAAUAAUGACGCAAAGAAGUUGAUUUAUUUUAUUUGCGCGCAAACUUUAGCAAAGUAGGAGGUUGAAACUAUAUCGGAAUGUACCAUAGUCGCUACCAAGGUGGUGAUGUUGGACUUGACGGUUUAGGAGGGCCAGGCUUGCUUCUUGGGAGUCCAGAUAAGAAAAAACGCAAGUCAAGCACACAGGUGCUCCCAUUUGUCCCUCUCUCGGAGUAUGCGCCACCGCCAAACCCAAGUGCUGAUCACUUAGUGGCAUCUAACCCUUUUGAUGAUGGCUAUAGUGUGCCAUCUUAUAAGCCACUGUUGGCUACAAACCCCUAUUUUGGCCCAUCACAUUACCCAGGAUUCUGUGGCUAUAGCCCACACCGAAUGGCCCCACAUAUCCAAAACAGAAUGCCUGCGCCCUACGGAGGAGCGUAUCCUGUGCGAAACCAGCUUCAUCCCUUUGCCCAGAAUCAGAUGGGCAUGACUUUCAAUAGAGCCCCAGGGUUUAAUUAUGGCCACCCUGAGAAUCCUAACUAUGGAAACCAGUCCAUGUUUAGUAACAACAGCAACAUGCCACUUCCCGCGGGUCAGCCGUUCAGACCAGGCCCAGGAGAGAACUUUAAUCAGAUGCUGCUUCAUAAUGUCAACCAAAAUGCACCUCCAGACACUGGCCCCAGUUUUGGUCCUGAGGGUAAUAACAGUGGGAAUCCAACAGGAAAGGCCUGCACAAAUAUCAGCCCUAGUUUUACACCACAACAGCAACAACAACGACAACAACAACAGCAGCAACAACAACAGCCGCAACAGAGCAACUUUUUACAGUCCACCUCACCAAGGUCCAAACAAGAUGCAGUUGAUUCCUCAGGCAAAAGCACAUCCCAGACAACAUCACCACACAAGCCAAGAAAGAGCUCUGAGGAGAAUGUGUGUCAAGACAAUACCUCUGACCUGAAGUCUAAAACCAGAGGUGCACCAAUCAGUCAAGAUGGGGUGCACCCCAACUCUUCAGAAAAGAUCAACGGCAUCAUCCACCCUACUAACAAUGCCGUGAAGAAGUCUCCACCUUCUUGUGUUCCCAUGGACACACCCUCCAUGGAGGAGAGGCAUAAGAGGAGCAGUGGUGGUGUUGGCAUGGUAGGUGCAAACAAGCUUAGAGCACACCCUAGUCGACCAAGCCUCUCAUCGGCCGAGCCUGUGUACCCGUGUGGCAUCUGUUUAAAUGAAGUUAACGAUGACCAGGAGGCCAUUCUGUGUGAUGCCUCAUGUCAGAAAUGGUUUCAUAGGGUUUGCACGGGCAUGACUGAGACAGCCUACAACCUGCUGGCUGCAGAGGCGGCGGCAGUCUGGGGCUGUGACACCUGUAUGGAGGAGAAGGGAGCACAGCUUGUCAGAUUGAGGGAGACCAGUGGACCACCCACAGUCAACAGUGAGGGAUAGCACAAAACUGAAAUCUUCCAUGGUGUCUUCAGUUUAGUCUGUCUUUUUCCCCCUGGAUGUUUAUCCUGUACCUUUAAAGCAGUGGGUGCUUUUUGUACACAUUGUUCAGAAAUGUGGACAGUUAUAAAGUUGUUUGAAACUAUCCUCAUUGGGCAGUCAAAACACAAUAGUAAACCGUUUUCUGUAGCCUAGAUUAAAAAGACCAUUUUUGAAAAUUAGUUCUAUGACCAGGGGUCAUGAAAUUUCCGUGAUCUUGGUUUUGUCUGAGUACCAUUGCUGAGAAUGCAUUUCGCUAACUCUUUUAUGGUCAACAUCCCUUGACAACAUGCAGACAUCUCAGUCUUGCUAAAACGCUUGCUAAGAACCCAUGAACGAGACUGUUUUCACCUCAUGACGGCAUGUUAUUAGAUGCCAUGAGAUAUGAUCAAACAACCAAUUAUACCAUAGCACUUUUUGUGUCAAAGGUGGCCUAUGAUACAUGUUGCAGUAGAUUCACUUUACUGUCCUGAGCCUGCCUUUCAAACAUGUCCAGUCAUCUGUAUCCUUAUGGUGCUGUUAUGGCUGAUGUUAGAUGCAGCUGAAGUUCUCCAAAGCCUUAUAUAAAAAUGACCAGAAUCGUUUGAACUGUUGAAAUAAAACAUAGACAUAUUUUAUCAUUAGCUUUGGCAUUGAAUGUAGCGAUGAACUUUUCUGGAAUGUAGCAUUAAAGUGGUAUCCACAGAAAAAUUAUUUGAUUGAAUGUACGGACAUAGAGUUAAUAUAUGUUAGCAUGCAGCAAACUUGCAUAUAUCUAGACAUAUUAGAUAUAUCUAGUAGUUUUGCUAUGUUUUCCAUGUUGUGCUUUUCUUGGAAUUUUUUGUUAUGCAGUAUGCACUUCAUAAAAUAUUUUCUUUGAUAAUUCAAAUACUCCAUGAACUCUAAUGUUGAUCAGAUAACAGAUUUUCUUUUCUUUAGGUAGACCUACGUAUAUUUUCACAGCCUUCCUUUUAUUUUUUCAGUUAGUUGAAGAUAGAAGGAUAUAAUAUAUAAGAUUUUUUAAUAUUGCUUUUCUGUGCUUUGCCUUACUAAUGCUUACUAUAGGAACUUUUUGUUCUGUAUAUUGAUGCACAUCAUUCAAUAUUUUUUUAUGACAAAGUGUAACGAUUUAUAUUUUGUGACCCUUAACAUGGUUUCAGAUUAUUGUUAAAACAAAACUUUCAUAAUGUUACCUUUAUAAGUUCUUUGUAUAUUAUUUUAAUAUGCAUUAUUAAGCAUAGCAUUUGUGUCAUAUGUACAAUUUUGUAUGGUUCCAAAAUAAUUUUGAGAUAGUUGCAUUUGCUCCAAAAUGUGCCAUUUAAUCUUCCUCUACAAUGUGGCAUUGUGAAUGUAAACUGUGUUUUAUAUUAAUUGAGUGUACAUGAUAUCUGCAUCAUAAUGUAGCCUGGUCCUUCAGGUCAUUAGAAGUACAUUAAGCUCCAGUAUUCUUCCCUAAUACUCUGAAUGUUGAUAUUCAUCAUAGCCAGAUGGCAAGUUUUGUCCUCAGUUAUACAAACAAAUAUAUUUAUGUUGAAUAAUUCUGUUAAUUUAUUAGAUUCCAUUUCUGCUGUCACUCGAUAAUGUGUGGUGUUGAUAAAAAAAAUGUCUGAAAUUC